CCAUAAUCCCAUACUAAAAGGGUAAAUCUAGCCAGAUGUGCACCGGCUAUCAGCUCACCAUACAGUAGCUAAUAGAUUAGAGUGAUGCUUGGCAUCACGUGCUACUCACGGAACCCCUGCUUUCUUUCCUUAGCUCACAACGCACGCAUUCAUUCAUCCCUCCAUCGAAUCUAUCCACUUUCUCUUUAUUCAUUACAAUUAUCCUCAGAUUAAUUAUUUCAAAUAGUAUCUAAGCAUACCAAGGUCUUAACGCAACGCGACGACAUCUAUCAUACAGUCCAUACAAUACGCUUUCGCCUUCACCUUACCAAAGAUCUUCUCUAUAAUGGCCAUAUCCAUUGAACUAGAGAUCAUCAAGAACAAUCCAAUCAAGAAUGAAUAUCUCAAUGCUUUGGCAACAUCAAAAGAUAAUGUGCCAGCAAUCUUCUCGACAGCAACAACUGGUAUGGAUCAAUUCCCAAUGAAUACUUCAUUGCUAAUAUUUACUUUACAGAAACUGAAUCAAUGCUUUCCUUCCUUUUAAUUAUACAGGCGGAAUUAGCAGCUCGUCGCCUUCCCUCUCGAAUAACGAAUGGAACCCUCUCCCGUGAUAUUUCGACAUUAUACAGUCUCGUCGAUGCUAAUACUGUAAAGGUUGCAUCAGCUGCCCCUCUCGUCGAAAAAGCUUUCAAUUCAAUACAACGUGGUGAAGGGGAAGGGGAAUUUUGGGACAACGUAUCCGACCUAGUUUCGUUGAUAAGACCAACUACUCCUACCAUUGCUUUGGACAAAGCUAUCGUCGAUGAUACACCUAUUCGACCGAAUUCGGCUUCUCAAUUGGGGAAUGAGCAAACACAUGAACUAGUUGAUCAGCGAAUAAUUGAAGAAUUGGCCGGGCGCAUUUAUUACGAUACCAAAAACUUUAUCACCAACUUCAUUGAUGGAAAGAAUUGGUCAAACCAGACUUGGGAUAUCUACAAAGAGUCCAAAGCUCAAUAUCGGGAUGGUUGUUGGAUUGAUUUUCCAAACCUUUCGCUUGAAACUGAAUUCUAUAGAUGGUUUAUGAAAUUCCAAGGUACUGUUCUUCAUACGCUUGACCGCCAGUAUGUCACAUCAAACGAAAAAGUAUUGAAAGGCUCAGAGGCUAAACGCAAGCUUGAUAUCUUUUUGACUUCCGAAGAUGCUUCAGCGAAGAAGGAGCAUGAAUGGUCAAAAGUUUUGGUUAUUGGAGAGCAUAAAAGCAAUCCUGAAAUGGAUCGUGCUCCAGCAACAUUGAUACAAUUAGCUGGUUAUGCUCGAGAAGUGUUUGGAAGUCAACCGGGUCGACGAUUUGUUCCUGGUUUUACGAUAUGUGGAAGUUUAAUGCGGCUUUGGAUGUUCGAUAGGUCUGGAUCAUACAGCUCUGAGAAAUUCGAUAUUCAUGAAGAACCUGAAAAUUUCGUUAGAGUUAUUUCUGGUUAUGCAUUAAUGUCGGACUCUGAAUUGGGUUUAAAUACAUUCGUUAGGUCUGAUGGUAUAGGUCGCUAUAUUGUUGUACGAGAUACGAAGAUCUAUUUGGAAGAAAAGCCAAUCGCUUCACAAAAAGCAAUAGUGUGUCGUGGAACGACUUGUUAUCGAGGAAGAGAACCUGAUUCAUCGGAUUAUAAGUAUGUGGUGAAGUUUGCUUGGCCAUCUGAUCAAAGGUUAAGAGAGGGAAGAUUGUUAAAGUUGGCUAAAGAGAGAGAGGUGAAAGGUAUUGCUGAAUGGUUUUAUGAUGAGCAAGUCACUAUUGAUGGAGAACCUGAUACUAUUUCACAUCUUCGAAGAAACAUGAAGUUUGGAGCGCUAGAGAAACCAUCGGGUAAAGCAUCUUGGCUUGAAAGUCUAGAGAGUAGUCGACACCUCUCGAGAAAGAGUCUUUUCCAUAAGAGUAAAUCAAAACCAAGUACAGAUCGCUCAAUAGGUCGGAGAAUCAGUACUAGCACUACCCAAGUUUCCUCUGGGCAGAAACGAAAAAGAGAUGAGGGAUAUGAUGCUAGGCAUGAUCGAAUGAAGAGGUCCAAGUCAGAUGAUGGUGGGAUUACGGAAGGACAUGAAGAUGUAUCUGAUAUGCAUCAUAGUAUUGAGGAAGCAGAAGUGGAUAGUUUGGUUGGUCAAGAGACUGAGGCUUAUGGUAACCGAAUACAUUACUGUAUAGUUACUUUGGGAGCUGGACGACCACUUCAUACCUAUCGAUCAGUUAAGGAACUUUUGGUGGUCUUUCGUGAUGCAAUCGCUGGUCACAAAUCAUUAUUUGAUGAUGGGAAGAUACUUCACCGGGAUGUUUCUGAGAAUAACAUUAUUAUCGUUGACUCUGCUACGAAAGAAGGCUCCGAAGGAAGAAUGAUUGACUUGGACUUGGCAAAAGAGUUGAAUAGUAAACCAAGUGGAGCUAGUUACCGAACAGGUACUAUGCAAUUCAUGGCAAUUGAAGUCCUUCAAGGUAAAGGCCACACAUAUAGACAUGACCUCGAAUCAUUCUUCUACGUCUUUAUAUGGAUGUGCAUUCGCUACGGUCAUGAAGAUGUACACCCCCCCUCGGACAAGCCAAAACCAACCAACCAAAAAUCCCUCAAAUCUUCUAAUCCCAAAAUCCUCCAUUAUUGGUACACAGGCGACUACAACCAAAUCGCAAACACAAAACGAGGACAUAUUGUCGGCUUCAAUGAUAUCACAGCAGAGUUCUCUCCGCAGUUUACGUGUCUUAAGGGGUUAGCGGAGGAGUUGCGGAGUGUUCUGUUUCCGAUGAAGGGUAGCUUGUUGUUUACGGGGACUUAUAAGGUUUCGAAUAUUAUGUAUAAUGGAAUGAUUGAGGCGUUUGAGAGGGCUAUUGAGGGGAUGGAGGGUGGUUGAAGUGAGCGAGUGAGGAUUGAUUUGAGGGGGUUUGAAAGGGGGUUGAAAGGGAGAGGAGGGGGCUAGCAAUUGCUUGUGAUUGAUGUGAUGUAGCUGCUUGGUAAGGCUGGCGUGGUGGAGCGUAUUUAGCUUGCGGAGUAUAGCUGGCUUUCGAGGUAUAGCUGGUUUAGGGGUUUCAAAGAGAGAAGUGGUUGUUAAAGAACUGUAUUAAGGAAUCAAAUAGUUGUAGAAUUCUAAUACC